AUGGCGCACACACCUCAGACCCGCCGCCAGUGCCCACGCCCCGAUCCAGGCUGCCCGCACCCCGGCAUUGGCAGCAGCCGCAUCCCGGUCGGUCGGCAGAUCGCCCGCAUGGCGGGUGCGGGGAGGUGCCCGCUGGCCAAGGCCCUGAGGAGGGAGCCCUGGGACUGUGAGGAGUGGGGGCUCCGCCCCGUCCACUCAUUUCAGGGACACGAGCAGCUUCUGCCGAACCGGAGGCGCUGUCAGAUGCGGAAGAGCUGCCGGGAGCUGCGCUGUUCAGAAAGCGGGGGACACAGACCGACCCCGAGUUGGACGCUCACAGGCAUCACUGGGCCGUCAUCUGCAGUGCUGGGAGCGGAUGUGACCCUGAAGCCUGGUGCCUCCGUGACUCCUUUCACAGCACAGCCCUUUACCCCGCCCACUACUGGCCCCGCCCACCGGCCACCUGGGGAGCAGCACCUGCCGCCCCUCAGGACCCUGUCAUUCCCUCCUGGACGCCCCCUGGUGCUGCCCACUUUGCCCAGGACACCUCUGGUGGCAGGAGAUGCGGGUCAAGGCCCCGCUGGGCCUGGGGCUUGUAACAUCAUGGACCAGGUCAGGUCAGAAGGGGGACGACCACAGCCCUCCCAGACUCAGACCAUUGUCCUGACUCAGGCCCCCCUCAACGGGAGUGCUCCAGGGGCAAUCUGUGGGGGUGCUGUGUGUUCUGCACCCCUCUUCUUGGAAGCCACUGCGGUGGAGACGAUUAUGCCCACCUCGGCUUUUGCGGGCACCCAGGCCGGCAAUGGAGGCUGGUGUCCCGGCCUUCCUCCUCACGGUCCACCACCAGCUGCCCAGCUGGCCCCCAUCGUCCCCCGAGUGGACCCUGGACUACAGCCACACGGGGCUUCCAGGGAGGGUGGCCUGGCCGCCUUCCAGUCCAAGGCCUCGCUGGAUGAUGCCUGUAACCCCAAGAGUGUGUACGAGGACUUCCGUCGUUGGCAGUGCUUCAAGACCCUGGCCCGGGGGCACCUUCCCCAGAGUCCUGAUGUGGGAGCUCUUUGCUGCUUCCUCAUGCCAGCGCUCCGGUCCCUGUCCCGCCUGAGGCCCACCAUGACGCUGGAGGAGGGAAUAGGGCAGGCCAUGCAGGAAUGGCAGCGCAAGAGCAACUUUGACCGGAGGGUCUAUUCUGAGAUGGCAGAAAAGUUCAUGGAGUUUGAGGCAGAGGAGCAGAUGCGGUUUGAGAAGUUCCAGUGGAAGAAGGGGGCGCAGACCCAGCCCCCUCCUGCCCCACUGAGACCUGAUCCUCGGGGGCCCCCAGCCCCAGUGGUGGGCAGGCAGCCAGCGCGCACUACCAGGAAGGCUGUACCCAGCGCCCAGUGCGCCCACACACCCCUUCUGCUCUGGGAGACCGAGUCCCGCAAUGGGAUGCCCCCUGAGGCCGAGCAAGAGGACAUGGACAUCAUGGGUGAGCUGCCCGUGGGGGCGCCAGGUGGAGGACGGGAAGAUGAAGAAAAGGAGUGGCUGCAGGACGAGGGUCUCCUGAGCUACCUGGACCAGCUGUGCUCCCAGGAAGACUUUGUCACCCAGGUGGAGGCGGUCAUUCACCCCCAAUUCAUGGAACAAAUAAUGUCCCCAGAUGCACAGCAGGAUCCCUUGGCCCUAGCUGAGGAGUUGGAGCAGGAGGAAGGGCUCACUGCUGCCCAGCUGGUAGAGAAGCGACUCCUGGCCUCCAAGGAGGUGGACGUGCAGGCACCCCGAGUCAUGGUGCUCCCCUGUGGGGCUCAAGUCCUUCUGAGUCUGCGACCAGCCAAGAUGCCCAGAGGCGUGACCGUGGCCCCCAGCUGGGGGUCAGUGACCAAAGCCUGCCCACCAGAGACCGACUUCAAGGACCAGCAAAGAAGAGUCAGUAACACCAGUACCUGCCCAGCUGAUUCUUACGGAGUUUGCCAGGGGGAACACUUGGCCAUAUGA